AUGAAGAUCUCUACUGCAGCCAUCCUUCUUUCCCUUUACGGUGCUUCGGCUUACUCCGUCACCCGAUCCAGCCUUCGCUCGUUGGGACAAAAGACCGUCAAGGCCAGUUCUCCCAGCCGAAGUGUUGAUCCACAAAUGAAAAUGGAAGAUUUCGGUUUCUUCACCAACAGUGGCAUCGGUUUCGAUGACCUUUGGGGUGGAGAAGAGUGCAUCUCUGAAGUUGGUCUUGAGAACCGCCUCAACAAGGACGGUCUUCGUUACAAGAUGAACCGCACCCCUGAAGAAGAGGUCGAUGGAUUGGACUUUCUUCCUGAGGUCACCCUCAACCUCCCCAUCAUUGGAGAGACCAGAAUUGGCCCCCCAAGAGUUGGAAGCAUCUGGGAAGCCCUGGGUUUCACCGCCACUUCCAACAACGAAGCUCGCCAACAGGAGAAGCUAAAGGCCAUUGCCAAGGCCCGUGAAUCCAAGAAGGGAGUUUUGAACGGACCAGGUGCCGAAAUCCGCGCCAAGUGGUUGGAGAAGUAUGGAUACCCUCGUUUGGUAGGAUCUGGAGGUAUCUUCUACGCCGAUCAAUUGUCCACCGAUAAGGAACCAAUGGGUGGAUUCAACAUGGGAAAGUCUGGAAGCAUCUGGCCUGUCCCUGAUGUUGUUGAGGAAGGACAAUACGGAGGAAACAAGGGAUGGGGAAUGAAGAAGGCCGGCCCAGCUAUUGAUGGUCUUCCAAAGGCCAAGCUCUAA